UUCCUGAAGGGGAGGGUGGAUGCACGCGCGCGGCCCCGCGCUGCAAAUUUCCACCGGGGAGGGAGAGUGGCUGGAUGCGGAGAGUUUGGAGUUGCUUGCCGCGGAGGGCUGGAAGGGGAGCAGGGCCGGGAAAGGGGGCUGGCGGGCGCUAUAUCUGGGAGUAAGUUUCCAGGAUCAGGAGAGCCUGCACGCUUGCACGCUACUCUGCUCGCCCCCCAUCUCAUCCCCCAAGCGGAGUCUGGUCUUGUCGGAUUGCCCAUGCACUUGUUGCAGAAACAGCCAAGGCCCCGGCUCUGGAGGAUGCUGAAGGAGGAAGACAUGGGAGCAGGACGACCCUGAAAGAUUAAGCCUCCCAAUCCUGCAACAGAACCAGGCCUCCUCUUCCCACCUGCCCAGCAGCAUGAGAGCAGCAUGACUGGCCGGCCACAGGAGAAGCCCCCAGAGCCAAGCCCCCAACUCAACCAUCUGCUGCGAAGGUCAAGGUGUGAGCGUCAUCUCUUCGCCACGGUGGUGUUUGGUCCAUACCUCAGCCCGGGUGAGGAUGUAAAACCCCCCGCUCUGCACAUGAGUGGUACAGGCCAACAGGAACAUCUGGCUGCAGCCACGUCCACAGACAUGUCAGCCGUGGAAUAGUGUGGACGCCUCCUCUCAGCUUCUCAGGGUUUCAGUCCUUUUGGGUUUGUCUCAUUGACCUUUUUUUAUGGUUUUGUGGCUGGACGUUCACGACCAAGGCAGGCGCCAUGGGGGAUCAGCAACUAUACAAGACCAAUCACGUGGCCCACAGUGGUGAGAACCUUUUCUACCAACAGCCACCACUUGGCAUCCACGGCGGGCUGAACCACAACUAUGGGAAUACAGUCGCCGGGGCUGGAAUGGAUGCCCCUCAGGCAUCGCCCAUCUCCCCCCACUUCCCUCAAGAUACUCGGGAUGGUCUAGGCUUGCCUGUUGGUUCCAAAAACCUUGGCCAAGUAGAUACCUCGAGGCAGGGAGGGUGGGGAAGUCAUACAGGACCCGGAAACCACGUCCAGCUCCGUGGCGGCCUGACCAACUCAAACAUGAUGUGGGGGACACCGGCCCAGGCUGAGGCCACCGAUGGCUACCAAUAUACCUACUCCCAGGCCAGCGAGAUCCGGACCCAGAAACUCACCAGCGGUGUCCUGCACAAGCUAGACUCCUUCACCCAGGUGUUCGCCAACCAGAACCUGCGAAUUCAGGUCAACAAUAUGGCCCAGGUGCUGCACACCCAGUCGGCAGUGAUGGACGGAGCCCCUGACAGUGCCCUCCGCCAGUUGCUGGCCCAGAAACCCGUGGAGCCCCCAGCUCCGGCUAUUCCUUCUCGCUACCAGCAGGUGCCCCAGCAGGCUCACCCUGGUUUCGCUGGCGGGCUGUCCAAAUCAACUCUCCAGGUAGGGCCGCACCCUAGCCAAGGGCAUCUGUAUUAUGACUACCAGCAGCCACUGGCGCAGAUGCCAGUGCAAGGCGGACAGCCACUGCAGGCCCCACAGAUGCUGUCCCAGCACGUGCCACAGAUGCAACAGCACCAGUAUUACCCGCAGCCGCAACAGCAGCAAGCCGGGCAGCAGCAGAUGGCCAUGCAAGAGAUGCAGCAGCAGCAGCAGCAGCAGCAACAGCAGCAGCAGAUUCGCCCACCACAGCCUCAGCAGCCGCAGCAGCAGCUGCAGCUACAGCAGCGGCAGGGUUCCAUGCAGAUACCUCAGUAUUACCCAUCCCAGCCCGUGAUGCAGCACUUGCAAGAGCAGCAGCAGCAGCAGCAGAUGCACCUACAGCCCCCUUCUUAUCACAGGGACCCCCACCCGUACGCCCCAGAGCAGGCGCACGCCGUCCAGCUGAUUCAGCUGGGCUCCAUGCCCCAGUACUACUACCAGGAGCCCCAGCAGCCCUACAGCCACCCCCUCUGCCCACAGAGCCACCUGCCCCAGCACCAGCAGCGCGAGGACGGUCAGCCCAAGACUUACCCAAGCGACAGGCAGGCCCCGGCCAUGCUGAGCUCCCACGGCGACCUGGGGCCUCCUGAGGCAGGAAUGGGAGACCCGGCCAGCUCGGACCUGAACCGGCUCAGCAGUGCCCUCCCUCAUCGGCCACUCCUGUCCCCCGGCGGGAUCCACCUCAACAACAUGGGGCCUCAGCACCAGCAGCUGUCUCCCAGUGCCCUGUGGCCCCAGAUGCAUCUACCUGAUGGCAGAGCCCAGCCAGGGUCCCCCGAGUCAAGUGGCCAACCAAAAGGAGUGUUUGGGGAGCAGUUUGAUGCCAAGAACAAAUUGACGUGCUCCAUCUGCCUGAAGGAAUUCAAGAGCCUGCCUGCCCUGAAUGGCCACAUGCGGUCCCACGGGGGAAUGAGAGCCUCCCCCAGCCUCAAACAGGAGGAAGGAGAGAAGGCCCUGCCGCCUCAGCCCCAGCCGCCACUGCCUCCGCCUCCGCCGCCACCGCAGCUCCCUCCCGAGGCAGAAAGCCUCACGCCUAUGGUCAUGCCCGUGUCUGUCCCUGUCAAGCUUCUCCCGCCCAAGCCAGGCUCUCAGGGCUUCGCCAACAGCAUCGUUGCCGCCCCCUCCACCAGAGACAAGCCAGCCAGCUCGAUGUCGGACGACGAGAUGCCCGUGCUCGUGAGGAUGACCCUUUCUCCCCCACACUCACCCCAAGGGGCUGCCCCCCACCCGCCUGCUGAAAUUCCCAAGAAGCAUCAGCCGGCCCCGGCCAAAGCCGAGGAACCCCUCAGGACGUUGCCGGAGAAGAAGAAGUUCCGGCACCGGCCCGAGCCGCUCUUCAUCCCGCCACCGCCCUCCUACCCCGCCAACCCCGCCGCCGCCUCCUACUCGGGCGCCACCCUCUACCAGAGCCAGCUGCGCUCCCCGCGCGUCCUCGGGGAGCACCUGCUCCUGGACCCCGCCCAUGAGCUGCCCCCCUACACGCCCCCGCCCAUGCUGAGCCCGGUGCGCCAGGGCUCGGGGCUCUUCAGCAACGUCCUCAUCUCGGGCCACGGCCCCGGCGCCCACCCGCAGCUGCCCCUCACGCCCCUGACGCCCACGCCGCGGGUGCUGCUGUGCCGCUCCAACAGCAUUGAUGGCAGCAACGUGACAGUCACCCCAGGGCCUGGAGAGCAGACCAUUGAUGUUGAACCACGCAUCAACAUUGGCUUGAGGUUCCAAGCAGAGAUCCCAGAACUUCAGGAUGUCUCCGCCUUGGCCCGGGACACACACAAGGCCACACUGGUAUGGAAGCCCUGGCCAGAGCUGGAAAACCAUGACCUCCAGCAAAGAGUGGAGAAUCUCCUGAAUUUAUGCUGUUCGAGUGCGUUGCCCGGUGGAGGGACCAAUUCUGAAUUUGCUUUGCACUCUCUCUUCGAGGCCAAAGGUGAUGUGAUGGCUGCUCUGGAAAUGCUGCUGCUGCGGAAGCCAGUCAGGUUAAAAUGUCAUCCUUUAGCAAAUUACCACUAUGCCGGCUCAGACAAGUGGACCUCCCUAGAAAGAAAACUGUUUAACAAAGCACUAGCCACUUACAGCAAAGACUUUAUUUUUGUACAGAAGAUGGUGAAGUCUAAGACGGUGGCUCAGUGUGUGGAAUACUACUACACGUGGAAAAAGAUAAUGCGCUUGGGGCGGAAACACCGGACACGCCUCGCAGAAAUCGAUGAUUCCGUGACGAGUGAAGAAGAAGAGGAGUUAGAGGAAGAGGAGGAGGACCCAGAAGAAGAUAGGAAAUCCACGAGAGAAGAGGAGAGUGAAGUGCCCAAGUCUCCCGAGCCCCCCCCAGGUCCCGUGCUGGCUCCCGCGGAGGGGCCACCCCUGCAGGCCCUCGGCCAGCCCUCUGGCUCCUUCAUCUGUGAGAUGCCCAACUGCGGGGCCGACUGUAGAUGUCAUGUCACUCCCUUUCUUCCCCAGGUGUUCAGCUCCCGACAGGCACUGAACGGCCACGCCCGUAUCCACGGUGGCACCAACCAGGUGACCAAAGCUCGGGGUGCCAUCCCCUCUGGAAAGCAGAAGCCUGGCAGCGCUCAGAGUGGAUACUGCUCAGUGAAGAGCUCACCCUCUCACAGCACCACCAGUGGCGAGACAGACCCCACGACUAUCUUCCCCUGCAAGGAGUGUGGCAAAGUCUUCUUCAAGAUCAAAAGCCGAAAUGCGCACAUGAAAACGCACAGGCAGCAGGAGGAACAGCAGAGGCAAAAGGCUCAGAAAGCAGCUUUUGCUGCUGAAAUGGCGGCCACGAUCGAGAGGACUACGGGGCCCGCGGGGGCCCCGGGGCUGCUGCCCCUGGACCAGCUGAGCCUGAUCAAACCCAUCAAGGAUGUGGACAUCCUCGAUGGCGACGUUGUCCAGCAGUUGGGAGGCGUCAUGGAAGAGGCCGAGGUCGUGGACACGGAUCUCCUCUUGGACGACCAAGAUUCGGUUUUGCUUCAGGGUGAUGCAGAACUAUAAAGCCCCGCUUGUCAUGCGGAGACCGCGAACACCCACGACCUCCGUCUUCGUUAAUCAGGAAACCUGGACUCCCUGCUCAUUUUGUAACCAUUUUAAACUACCUGUUUAAAAAAAAAAAGUGGUCGUUUCAUUCAGGUUUAGAAGAAUUUUUUUUUUCAGUUUCUUUUCCUUUUAUUUAAAAAAAAAAAAGUUUUUUGUGGGAGGUUGGAGGGAAUAAAUAAUUGGCACAACUCUAUUUAAGAGGUGUUUCUCAUCUGGGCUACAUUCCCACGAGCUCAUUCCUGGCAGGGAAUAAACCUGACCUUCAUGUUCUUUGGCUUUCAGAUGUCAACCAUCCUUGUUGCCUUUUAUCCCAAAGCUUGCCGUGAGCGUGUGUACGUGUACGUGUGGGUGAAGCAGGCUUACCUUCUUCGAGUGGGGGCCUUGGGCCAUCCUUUCCCACUGAGAGUUAUUUUUGUUCUGUUCUGACCUCAUUGUGUAGUUUGCAGUGAACUCGGAGUCUUUGCCAGGAGAUUCUGUGCUAAGGGGGCAACUUUUCCAGGGAGCGAAGCAAGCCCUCGUGUUAACACGGCUUUCCUCUAGCACACGCACCGUUUGAAAAGUUGACCGAAUGUGAAAAUAAGUCUUCUCCCUGCCUCGCCUGUCACCGUUAGCCUGUUUCCAAAAGUACUGUAUAAUUUCAGGCUUUCACUCCCCGGCAGUGCUUUCCUGAGGACCUGGUUCAGAGAGGAAGUGCACCCUCUUCCGUGUUCCCGGGGGACCAGUGGCUCUGAUUCGUGGAUUGGCAGAGCCGUGUAUCGGCAUGAGCCCACGCCGGCCAGAGGUAAAUAACCCCCACUAUUAAGUUGCCGGGGCUCUUUAGGGAGGGUGGUUGAGGGGCACCCAUUCAGGAAAGCGCAGAAGCAUUCUUCGGCCCAAAAACUAGACUAGAGGAGCCCCUGCUCUUUUUGGCAACACUGUGAAUGGUUUUGUGGAGUUCUGAAAUUACUUUGUGCCACUUGGAAGUACCAUGAAACCUCAUUCACUGGGGUUUUGCUGUUAAUUCGCCUUUGCCAGACUGUUUCCCAACACAUUGGAUAGCAAAUAAAAGUGCAGUAGCAUUCAAGGCCAACAGAAAUGGUUUCAGAUACCACUUUAGCUCCAAUGUUUGCAUUCAAACAAGGAAUGUAUUCAUUCAAGUCAUUUACCAAAGCACUUCUAGAAUUCUCCAAGCUACAUCACUGUGCUCUGCUUCCUCCUGUCUGUUGUAGCAGGGUUGCUGUUUGUACUUGAAGGUAAUAAGCCUGUAAUCCUUCAAAAAUGGCAUUUAGCUCAGGCUUUUGAACUGAGUCAGACUGCCCCAUCCCCCUGUUAGGGCAAAUGAGCACGCGUCUCCAGAGUCCGAGUCAGUCAGCCGGGGCAGAGAGGACGGCCCCUGGCAGCUCCCCCUUGAGCUUUAAAGCUGCCCGGCUGCUUCUGCUUCGGGAAGCAAGGGCUUUGAGGCCCCGCCCCACCCCGGGGAGUCUGGUUCCCCAGCCUGGGUAGGUGUGGCCCAUCCCCCCAGGCAACUUGGCUGGCCCACUAAUUAAUAGCUUGACAUUAGAGAGAAUAUCAGCAGAAACCAGAGGACAGGUCCUGAGUGUCUUUUAAGUUUGACUCUGGCAGAAGCAUUUAGCACCCACUCAUGGCCCACAGCGGCCCCACCUAUGGGUGAUGUUCUCUGAAUCUCAGGAAAGCCAUGGGCAGAAGAGAAAUAAUAAAGGUUUCUUUCCAUUUCCAUCAUUCUGUUUUCAGACAAAGAGGUCUUGGAGGUUUCUUUUCAUCUUUUCUAUAGGCAAAAAGAAAGGUUUUAUUUGCUGCCGUUUUAGGUUAUUCUCAUAGGUUUUGAGUUAGAACUGCCUAGGCAGUGUGCAUCAACUUUGUGGCAGGACUGUUCCAGAACCAUUCCAGCGGUCACAUCAGCUGACUGUGUCUG